AUGAAGCUCCGAUUGGUCGCUGCCAUUGACAGCAAGGUGACGGCGGCCAUGAGCGAGCUUCAAGACAAGGUGCUCGCCGCGAUGCACCAGCAAGACGCCGCGAUCAACGCCAGCGUCGACAAGCUGUGUUCGACGCUCCCAAACGAAUUCCGCAGCUUGCACCAAGGCCAACUUUCGCUCGCCGAGCAUGUGACGACGGAGCGCGUCGCGAUGGCCGCGACAAUGCAAAUGGGACGUGUGAUAAGGAGAUCCAAGAACCGAUUAUUUCGGCGUCCGACGUCCGGCUCACAGAAGCAAUGCUCGAUGCUCGACGGCAAGCCGGCGCCCAAGGCGUUUCGGGGCGCGGUGUACGUGUACAUCAUGGACCGCUUUGUCAAGAAGCCGAUUCUGCAAUUCGAGGGCCAUCUCGAGCAUCUUGGGAAGGGCGCCAGCGUUAUCCAGCUGGACAUGGUCUCGACCGAGUCCCGUGAAGGUCACCGCCGUCGCAAGGCGCUCAUGACGGCCACCGUCCGCAACUACGUCCACCUCGCGCACAUUAACUUCCGAUAA